AUGGCCUCACUACGCGGUAUGCAGCAGCCAGAGUUGAGCAAGAAGCUCUUCAAGAUCAUAAAGAGCGAGAACCACGCCAUCGGUGCCUACGAAUCAGCCAGCCGCGAGCGCAUCUCCAUCGCCUCUCAGCUGUCAGACUGGGGCGAGGCUACGGGAGAUGACUCCGUUUCCGACGUCUCGGACAAGCUAGGCGUUCUUUUGUCGGAGUUGGGCGAGCAGGAGGAUGUAUUUGCGCAGAACCUGGAAGAUUACCGCGGCAUUUUGAAGCAGAUCAGGAAUACCGAGAGUUCUGUGCAGCCCAGCAGGAUUCACAAGGCGAAGAUCUCGGAUGAGAUAGCAAAGCUCAAAUACAAGGAGCCUGAAAGUACUAAGAUUGUCCAGCUUGAGCAGGAACUUGUCAGGGCCGAGGCACAGAAUCUGGUUGCAGAAGCUCAGCUGACCAAUAUCACCCGCCAGAAGCUCAAGGAAGCUUACGACCUCCAUUUCGCCGCCACAAUCGAACGUGCCGAGAAGCAGAUAAUGCUCGCCCGCCACGGACGCCGCCUAUUGAACCUCCUUGACGAUACUCCAGUAGUCCCCGGGGAUACCCGUCCGGCCUUUGAGCACGCCCACCAAGCUCGCCAAGUCCUGAAUGAUGCUGAAGAGGAUCUUCGUGACUGGGCACCAAAUCUAGAACCGAUUCACAGCUCAGCUACUGAGAUGGGUUCCAACCUUAUGCCGCCACAGGCCGGAACCGCAGACACAAGUGUCAGCGGACAAGAAGAGGAGUCGAUGAUUAGGGCAGGGGAGAGUAGUACAGGUCAGUUGGAAGCCCCGGCACCACCAGAACACAGGGGUUACGGUGAAAGCUCAACCGUCGCGCAGCCUGAAGCGGCAUCUAGCUACUAG